AUGGUUGAACCAUUAGUAUCACUUCCACCAAGUGACAGCCUUUUCCCUCCGAAUGGUGAUCAGAACGAAUCCACCAGCCCUAGUGUGGCGCUCAGUCCUCUGCCAGAUGCCAGAAAUUCGUCGGUUUCUCCUUCAUCAUUGAUUCGUCGUCUUCCGCUGAAUUACUGUGGAAAACUUGACAUUCCUACACCGUGGAUGAAAUUUUUGCACGAGAACAAGGCUAGUUGGAAGGAACGAGCCGCAAAAGAAGAAGAGGAAAGAAAGAGAGCAGAAGCAGAGAAAGCAGCUGCUGCAGCGCUAGACAAUGGAGAUGCAAAAGAAAAUGGCAAACCAUAG